UCAGGCAAAGAUGGCCGACUAUGAAGGUCGGUUGUCUCCUGCCUGUAUUGAAGAUUUAGACGAUGAAACUCUCGAUCCUAGAAUCCAGGUGGAGCUGGAGAAACUGAACAAGGCAUCGGAGGAAAUCAACAAGUUAGAGUUGGAACUUGAUGAUGGCCGGGCAGGUUUUCGCCAAGCUCUAUCAGAGUCUACACAGAAACUUAACACACUCGCCAAAAAACUUGGAGCCUGCGUGGAGAAAGCAAGACCCUACUAUGACGCCAGGGUUAAAGUGAAAGAUGCUCACGUAGAGGCCCAGAAAACGGCCUUGCGUUUUGAGCGCGCCUGCAGCAUGCAUGAGGCAGCCAAGGAGAUGGUACAGCUGGCAGAACAAGGCUAUAUGUGUCGGGAGGAGCCGUCGGACCCAGCCUGGCAGGAGAUGCUGAACCAUGCCACUAUGAAGGUGAAUGAAGCAGAGAAGGAGAGAAAUGAGAGCGAGCAGGAACACAUGAAAACCACUGUACUUUUCAACGAGGCCGACACCAAAGUGCAGUACCUUCAGAAGGAUCUCAAACGUGCUAUCAAUAAGUCAAAACCUUACUUUGAAAUGAAAGCAAAAUUCAAUCAGUCAAUGGAGGAUCAGAAGAGAAAUAUCCAUAUACUAGAGGAAGAUGUUUCCUUAGCUAAAUCAGCGUACUCUGACGCACUGAAAAAUCUGGAGCUUAUCAGUGACGAUAUCCACCAACAGAGACAAGAAAAACGAAAACAGCAGGAGCUCGGUGUCCGAGAGGCAGGGGUAGGCUCUGAAUCUCCGUCGCCUCCACCCAAUCGCGACAAGGGCAUGAACUCUGUAGAAGGUCAGGGGUCAAAUCAUAUAAGUAGCUGCCAGGGUUCGUCGCAGUCAACUAAUACAUCUAGUCAUGCCAAACAUUCAGACUAUAACUCACAGGAGAACAUUAACUAUAGCCUCCCCUCCGUCAUUCACCAGAGUUUAGACAAGUCUCGUAACCCCAGCUACCGUGAGGCUGUAGAUAGACAAAUCAGCCAAACUGAAGGCCAUGUGGAUGAUUUUCCCGCUCCUACGUUUGAGGAUGAAUAUCGGGCAUUGCCAAAUAGUCGGAUGACACCGGGUCAACAUACCGCCCUGCGGCGGAGUUUGUCACGAGAAUCUAGUAUACCAAAAGACUUCACCAGUGCAUUGUUAUCGUCUUCUCCAUGUGACCACUCGGACAGACCAGAUCUGUCACAAGAUCAACGCGCACGAUCUCAGUCUUCCCCUACCGGCAGGCGACGGAAACUCCAAGGUGGACUCAUAUUGAAGAUUGACGCUGCAAUGGACCCUUUAACUCAACGAUAUCAGGCGACAGAAAUUCAACCGACCAGGAAAGGUCAGAGACGACGACUGUCAAAAGACCAGUCUAAAGUUCAAAGGAGUGUUGAGUUUCCAAAGCAUAAUCCAUUUGGAAGUCCAACAGAGAAAACAUGGAGAGAGAAUUAUUCCAUGUCAAAUUCACCAAGUCGUCAAGGGUCUUUCCUGGCCCCCGGUGGUCAGGGUCUAGAAGGAGAGGAUGGGUCGGACACGGAGAGCAUUGCCAGCACUGGACCAAUGUUGGACGAUGACCAGGUGGAACUUUUGACCCUUGAGUUUUCUGAUCAAGCUUCGACUGAUGAUAAUAGUCCAACUUUUAAAAGACAGGACUGGAAUAGGAUGAGUUUACCACCCAGAUUGAGUCAUCUUGAGCAAUACAUUCACCACCCAAAUGAAAAAGGGGAGACCAGUGUCAUUGAAUCUCUAACAAAUGGUGAUGUGUCUUUGUCAAACACACUGACAAAUGAGGACGACACAGCAAGCCAGUCUAAUAAAACUCUACCCUUAUCUAGUCCGGAAACUGAUAUUCCAGUAGACGUCGGAGAAGCUGAUACUCAACUUCCUAGUACUUCCCCAGUUGUUACAACUGAGGAAAUUGAAAUAGUUUGAGAUUUUGUUAUGCUCUAGAUUAAGAUAUAUUAUAAUUUUGCAAUAGAAUGAACUCUUGUGUAUGAGACAAUUAUGUGCCUGCGUAACAUUAAUUUAUCUGGAGCAACUUUACACAAAAUAUUCUAUGAAUCCAUUUUUGAGAUUUACUAUUACUGCCUCCACACACCCCUAAUUUUUUGUAACCAAGUCAAAUGAAUGAAAUUUAUUCCAUGUAUACUUUAUUUUUGGAAACUAUUUCAGAUCAGAUUCUGUUCGUAAACUUCAAAGCAAGUGACAGAAACAAAAAUUGCAAAAUUAAUGAUGUACAAAUAUUUUCAGAUAUAUGCCAUCUUCUCUGUGGAAGAUAUGUUAUGUUAGUAGUUAUAGACAGGGGUCUAAUUAAGCUAAGUUUGACUAAUGUUCCAAUUAGUUGAACUUGAUUGACAAUAUGGACAAUAUACAGGGUGUGACAAUGUCUUUAGCUCACCUGGUUCCAAAGACCAAUGAGCUUAUGUCAUGGUGCAGUGUCCGUCGUCCUGCAACUUUACACUAUUGAUCAUAAACCAAUGAACAGAUUUCAACCAAAUUUUAUGUGAAGCAUCCUUGGGUGAAGAAGAACCAGUCUUGUAUAUU